GCGCAGGGUAUAUUUAGAGUCUCCCUCCCCUUAAGCGAGUCGAUCGAGAAUGAGUUGUUCUUGCCGCAGUUUUCGACCAGCUUGCGCUCCGGCGGUAUCGAGCGUGGAUCCGCGAUCAGGUCCGCUUUGUGCCUGGCCGCGCGUGUGUGUGAGUGUGUGUGUGUGUUUGUAUGAUGCAGAGCGCACCCAUUCACGGUUGCCAUACAGUAGAGCGACGACAACGACGAACAAAAUUGUCCGAUGUAUAAGUUCUGACGCUUGCAAAAAGUGAAAAAUUCCUUUCCGAUUUCAAUAACACGCUCUCUUUCUCGCACACGCACAGUGAUUGAACUGCUGAUCAGAAACAACUAAGUGUUCCAGUGCGGUAGAGAUCCAACUCUGCACACAAACAAAGCGUAGUAAACGAUAGUACAUCGAUGUAAAUCAAUCGAUCGUGUGUGUGUGUACAUAAGUGAAUAAAUCGUUUCUUUUUUGUCGAUCGAGCUUUCCUGCUCAACUUUACGAUGGGAAAUCAACCUACCAAGCACACGAUAGCAAAGCCCAAGAAGGCAGUGCACUGGAAGUCAGCAGAACCGCCGUCAGCUCCUGGAAAGCCGGCACUUGUUCCAGGCUCACCAUCGUCCGCGCCUGAUAUUGUAACCAUCCGUUGGAGUCGUCCUACCACUGAUGGAGGCUCACCAAUUCUUGGGUAUGUGGUGGAACAGCGGCGAACCGGUUCCCCACACUGGGUCCGUACCUGUCCAUCGCUCGUGCAGCAGACAGAACUAUCACUGAGCGGUCUAGAACCUGGUUGGCGUUAUCAGUUCCGCGUGAUGGCUGAAAAUAUCGUCGGACGUUCGGAAAGCAGCGAGUUAUCCGACCCACUAACUGUGACCCUGCAAAGGAAUGCCAUCUCGGCCCCUCGAUUCGUUCACGAACUGUUCGAUGCGACCGCUGUCGAGAACGAGAAGGUAGAGUUUCGCGUGCAGGUGGUUGGCACACCGGCACCCCAAAUCAGUUGGUUUAAGGAUGGAUUCGAGAUCUACAGCAGUCGGCGGGCGAGAAUCAUCACCGAGGCAGACGUCAGCGUACUUGUCAUACAUCAAACCGCGCUAACAGACGAGGGUGAGAUUAAGUGUGCGGCUACAAACCGUGCCGGUCACACGGUAACCCGUUGUCAUCUUACAAUCGACGCAUUUCCGAAAAUACGUCUGCCGCGUCAGUACGAAGAUGGGCUGCUUAUUGAAGCGGAAGAGGUAGUUCGUAUGAAGGUGGGUCUGGCAGGACGUCCGCCACCGUCCGUAGAGUGGAGCCACAACGGAGAGCCUUUGGAUAAUGAUAGCCGGCACGAGAUCGUGACCACGGAAAAGAACUCAACGCUCAAGAUCACCAGCACCAAGCGUGACGAUCGUGGAGAAUAUCACAUUCGCGCACUCAACAAAUUGGGCGAAGACAAUGCUUCCUUUCUGGUAACAGUUACCGCACGCCCAGAGCCUCCCGGACGUGUUACGGUGGCCAUCUCAUAUGGUAAAACCGCCACACUCAGUUGGUCCGCACCGGAAGAUGAUGGUGGUUGCAAGAUCGGUAACUAUAUCGUUGAGUACUAUCGGGUUGGAUGGGAUGUGUGGCUUAAGGCGGCCACCUGCCGUCAGCUGACCGCCACGUUGAGUGAUCUGAUCGAAGGCUCUCAAUAUCGUUUUCGCGUGAAAGCAGAAAAUCCGUACGGGUUGAGUGAUCCGAGUGAAGAGUCGGACGUGCUGUUUGUGCCUGAUCCAAGACGAGGUAUUACAGACGCAUCAAAAAUGCAAGAACAACCAUCCACCUUACCACGCAAACGACGAGAUCAUUCUCAAUCGCCCUUGCGCGAACCGACCUCCAGGCCCAAGAAAGCUUUUACUCCGGAACCGUACGGCCGUGACGAAAUCAUGCGCGAAAUGUCCUACGGUACUCCGCUCGAUCUUGGUAUGGGCCAUGGUUAUACCAGUGGGACGUCACCAGUUCCGGCUCUAGUCAUUACGGAACCAGCCCCUCUAGCCGAACCAGAAUCGGAGUCGGAAUCUAUUGGUCCCGCAACGAAUGUGGGUCGUGUGCCAGUUGUUAGCAUGCCAUCAUCGCUCAAGGCAAUGCAAAAGUUCUCCAAAGAACCUAGCCCACUUUCGUUGAAGCUGUCGGAUCGCGACCUAUCCUCCAACGGUAAUAGCUCCGACCAGAUGGGGUCUGGCUCUGUUAGCGGUGCGGAGCUCCAAUCCAACCAACAACCAAGCCAGAAAGCGGCCAUUCACAAUAGCUCAGAGUUCAUGUUGGUCCUCUACAACGAGCAAGAAGCGAAGAAAUCCACACCAAGCAGCACCGAUGGGUUAGUACAUACUGGAUCAGUACCACCGGGUGUUGUAAAAUCACCUUGGUUUCGCUGGAAAUUUCAAAAGGAUAGGUACUUCCUCCAAAGACUUUUUACACGACGAGGUUAUCCAGGUAAUUCUACCUUCGACUUUGAGUUAGAUGAACUGGUGGCUCCUCCACCACCCCUAUCGCUAUCUGCGCCGGAGCUUAACGUGGAACCACCACCCGCACCGACCAUGCGUGUUGGUGUUAGUUCGACGGAACUGCUCUACGAACGAGCUAUGGCUCGCUUCUAUCAAGCCGUGGCAUAUGAAGAAUCGGAGAACCAGCGUAAGGAAGCUGAACAGGAACAGGCUAUCCGACGCCGUCAAGCAGCUGUUCAAGAACAAUCGCAGGAGGAUAAGAGUACUACUGUUACCACCACAACCGUCAGUAAUCGAUUGGCCGACCGUAGAAGCAGUUUGCGUAAACGACUCUCGGGAGAUAAGGACUCGAUCGUGAAGCAGUCCAGCUUCGAGCAGGAUCAAGUCCUUCCACAACCACAGAUUCAAUCCCAACAACAGCAACAACAUCAGCAUUCCCAUACCACACUAGCCGAGGAAACGAUCGUCGAAGAACCGUCGCAAGGUGUGGAACAGAUAGAAUCUUUUACCUCACUACCGAUCGGGUACUCCGAGGGAGAGGAGUCCGUGUCAUCGUCGAUGAACUCGAUGAUCGAGGAGCUUAAAAGACGUGAACAGCAACAAAAGCUCCUCGAACAGCAGGUUCUCGUCUUACCGAAACGCCGUGGCUUUAUGGAUGAUGAUGAAACAGACGAAGAACCUUACCAUCCAGGUGCGGAGCGCAUGCGAUCACCCUACCAAAACCCCGAUCCAAGUCAAGCUAUAGAAAUCCUCACUAAACCGAUGCCUCUGCCAGAUCCAAACUUUGUACCGAAACCCAUCCUCAAGCGUCCAUCGACCGAGAUACUGGCAAAGGCAGAACAAUCCGCUAGUAAACAAUCGAACAGCAAUCUUCAGCUCAGCUUACCUCAAUCACCAAAGCAACCUACCCCAGAGCGAGAGAAAUCGCCCGCGAAAAUUCCUUCUCCAGCUCAAACAACGGAAGAAAAACCACCACCAGCAGAGCCACAGGAACCACAUCCGGAAGAGUAUCCUCUCUCACAGAAGCAACCUCCAGAGGGACAGGAGAUUGAGCGUGCCAUCGUCUCCGAAGCAGCUCGUCAGCGUCGACACGAAUCACGUCAGAACUCUAUCGAAGAGUCUCGUGCUGUGGCCGAUUUCUACAGCGAUAUGGUACAGCAGAUCGAAAGCUCGAAGAAACCUCGCAAACUACCACUCUACAUGAGCCCGGACGAGGUACGGCGUUUGAACGAGCGUGAAUACUCACGAAACUCUUCACGAGCCGGUUCACGAUCGCCACUACCGCUGGAAGAUGUGUAUCUAAUGCGUGGACGAACUUCACGAUCGCCAUCACUCUCUACCGAUCAUCCAAUUGUUAUCCAGCGUGGUAGUAAACCAGCUCGGGAAAGCAAAAUCUUGAGGCAACGAUCGGCUUCCAUCGAAAGCGAUGCUACCGCCAGACCACCGUCCGUCGCGAGAGACACUUUCGUCAGUCCGGUGCAGCUUCGGGAUGAAGAAAAUGGUCGAGUUAGCAGAGCAGUAGAGAAGAAACGUGGUCCAAUAUCUGGUGCUGCUGUCAGAAAUCGUUCAAGAUCAAAUUCGGCCAUUAGGACCGGCAUACAGAGCACGGUAACUUCGAAAAUGGCUUCACCAACUGCAUCUCCUUUGCCGAAUUCAAAUCUACGCAGCGUCGCCAAUAAACAACCGACACCGGAACCUCCAGAGCCGGAAGCUCCAAAAUCCAAACCUCUCAUUAGCACCCCAGAACCGAUCGAGCCGGAACCAAAGGCUCCGAUUGCUCUAGAGCAGGAAGAUAUAAAGCCUACCGUAUCCUACCUGACAGAUGUGGCUUUGUUUGUGAUUGCCUGUUGGUUAUAUCUGUUCAAGAAUCCCAAACUAGCCAUCCCCGUCAUCCUGCUGAUCAUGUACCGACACAUCCGGGAAGCUGUCAAGGACAAGAUUCCUGCCUGGAUGCGACGAACUGAGGUGACCAGCUGAGGACCUCUCGAAAAUCGCAAAAACCUUUCCGAUAAAGACAUUGUUUCACCAGCCCGACAUCGUGUCAGCAGGCAUUGAUUUGUAUUUAGUGUUCCGUAGCCAGCACUACCAGUUGGGGACCAGCCAAGUAGUCGUGGGUGACGCUUUACGAUGCCGGUUCCGUGUUCAGCACCGUGUUCGCGUUCUUUUGCUGCACCACUUCACUUGGUGUGAAUAUACUUAUUAUACGUUCUAGUGCAUCCGCAGUACUGCACAUAAUCACGAAAACGAGGGGCAGAGACAUCCCGCCAACGAUAAGCCACUUCGGUCUCUAAUACUCCCCGCGCAAAAAAAAGAUGAACAUUUACGCUUAAUUUAAUAUUACACGACAUUAAACGAGUGUGUAAUGCGAUGCACACUUACUGGCACACAUACUACACCGGAUCUACUGUGUUGUAUUACACUUGGGAAAAAAGGUAGGAACCUUCAUGCGGGAUCGUGUUUAUCCCCGGACGCAACCGGAUCAACGUACAAGUGCCACAAGUGCACACGAAUGUCCCGAGUAUGCUCACGAAAGCACACACACACACUCCACAUGAUUAUUUUUGUUACCUCAAAUUGUUGCACUUUCACAGGGUGAAUCGGUUUCAUUCACUGUGCACCACGGCUAACUGUCGGCAUUGUUUGCUACCAUUUUCGUUGGGUGGAAGAAAUGACGACCGUCUUACACAAUUCCCACUACCACCAGCUAGCUGUUUAUCCUAUUUGUAUCGUUUACGUUAAGAAUGGAUGUUAUGUACAUAUAAACGUUUUUUUGAAAAAGCGAAUCGAUAAGAAUCGUGAAAAUAAACAUAAUAAAAAAAAUCGUUCAUAAAACCGACCAA